CUCAAAAGCUUUGCUGUGAGACAUCCACAACGACAUGGUCUUAAAUGAUAAAUGAAGUCAUACAGGAUUGAACCGACAUGAGAGUGACCAAAUGAUGACAUGUACAUUUUUGGGUGAACUGUCCCUUUAACCCCAGUAGCAAUGGAAUUACCCAAUAUCCACCAUCGGCACAGCAGCACAGAUGAACCUGUAAAUAUGCAAAAGCCGAAGCCUCUACCGCGCAGACUAUCUCUGAUUCAUGUCUCUGGUUCUCUAAAACGAUACCGUCUACAUACAGAGAGAAAAGUGCUUGACGACAAUGGAAAAGUCAGAAAAUGGACUUAUGGGUCAAAAGACACCAGUAAACAAAACAAAAUUGUUCUGCUUGUGGGGGAGACCGGCGUCGGCAAAACGACUCUCAUCAACACCAUGGUCAACUACAUACUUGGAGUGGACUUUGAGGAUGAAAAAUGGUAUGAAAUCACAGAAGAAGCAGCCAGAGAUCAGUCAGAAUCACAAACCUCUGAAAUCACCAUGUAUGAGGUCUUUCCUGUAAAUAGUCCCAUGUCUCUAACCAUCAUUGAUACUCCAGGAUAUGGAGACACUAGAGGACUGGAAAAAGAUCUGGAAGUUGCUGAAAAUUUAUCAGCACUGUUUCAAAGCGAAGAUGGAGUUCAUGAAGUCGAUGCCGUGUGUUUUGUGACUCAAGCGUCUAAGAAUCGUCUCUCAGACAGACAGCAUUACAUUAUCAGUUCAGUUCUGUCUUUGUUUGGAAAAGACAUUGUGAACAACAUUGUGUUUUUAAUCACACACUCUGAUGGUCUGUCACCCAAAAACGUCAUCAGUGCCAUAAAUAAAGCUAAAAUCCCCUGCAGACGAGACAAAAGUGGCCAGCCUGUUUAUUUCUUAUUCAACAAUCGACAGGCUGAAGCCCGUUACAGUGAGAAACGUUACAUUCGCGCUCAAAGAGAUGCCUGGGAAGACAGCAUGAAUGGCAUGAAGCAUUUUCUUCAGUCUCUGGAUGAAAUUAACAGAAGUCGUUUAGAGCUGACUUCAGAUGUCAUGAUAGAACGCAUUCGAUUUGAAGCUCACAUCAACAACUUACAGCUGCGAGUUCACGAGAAGGAGCUGAAAAAGGCUGAAAAACUUCAGAUUCUGGAGACAAUGAGACAAAACAGGAAAAAUAUUGAGGAGAGUAAAAUCUUUAGCAUUAGUGUCGAAAAGACCAGUAAAAUGAAGGUUCCCAUUGAGAGCAAGUCAUGGAAGCACAGGAAGGCCAUGACCUGCACUGUCUGUGAGGAAAACUGCCAUGAGUUUGACUGCUGGUGGGCUUCUGAUCCCAGCAAAUGUGAAGUCAUGAAAAAUGGCUACUGCACUGUGUGCACAGGGAAGUGUCACCACAGCAAACACGUCAAAGAAAACAAGAAAUAUGUCACCAGAUCCUCAAGAACAACAAUAGAAUAUGACUAUAUAAAAAAGCUAUAUGAAAAAGUUCAAGAACAAACCAAGAGGUUUUCAGUCAUAAUAGGUGAUAUUGACAAAGAUCUGAAGGAGAUUGAGGACCAAAAGUCAAAUCUUCUGUCUGAAGCUUACCAGACCAUCAAGCAUCUGUCUCAGAUUGCAUUAAAACCAGACUCUGCCUUCACUCUUCAGCAUCUCGACUUCUUCAUCCCCAGAGUGAGGGAGGCUGGGAGAGAAAACUGGGUGCGAGAGCUGGAGGAAAUGAGGAGGCAAGCUGUUGCUGAUGAAGCCAAUAAAGACGCUCUAAGUUAUCUUAAAGCUGGUCUGACAAAACUUUUUCUUGACUGGGAGUGAACAAUGAAAGAUUAAGACUGCUGCUUAUAAUGAGAAAUCAGUGCAGCUGACUGUCUGUCCACAAGAGUUUCUACAAAACUUCUAUAUACCAGAGACUGCUUUUUGUCUUUAACAUUUUUUUUUUUUUUUAAUAAUAUGAAGGUCACAUC